AUGCCAGCAGGCACCGCAUCCGAGUCCGGCGCCCCUCCAUCUGUGCCAUUGAGCUUCUCCAACAAUUUCUGGGGACGAGAUGAUGCCGGCGUCGAACCUCUCCUAACACGAGUGCAAAAUGCCCGAACCACCUGUGACGAACUCAAGGCGUUCUAUACUGCGCGGGCCGCAUUAGAGGAAGACUAUGCUAAGAAGCUGCUCAGCUUAUCCAGAAAGCCACUGGGAAGCACUGAGCAGGGUACACUACGCGCUAGUCUCGAUGUCGCUCGGGGGGAAACCGAAUCUAUGGGCAAGCAACAUGCCUUGGUUGCUCAGCAGAUGAAGUCCGAGUUGGAGGAGCCGCUGGCGGCAUUCUCAGGUGGCAUGAAAGAGCGCAGAAAGAUUGUCCAGAAUGGAAUCGAGAGGCUCUUGAAGACCAAGCAACAACAGACUGCUCAUGUCUAUAAGAGUCGAGACAAGUACGAGCAGGACUGUCUGCGUAUCAAAGGCUAUCUUGCCCAGGGGCACAUGGUCAUGGGUCAAGAGGAACGCAAGAAUAAAUCGAAGCUGGAAAAGACACAGAUAAACAUGGCCGCCAAUUCGAAUGAAUAUGAAACUGCAGUUAAGGUCCUGGAGGAAACGACCGGCCGCUGGAAGAAGGAGUGGGCAGCUGCGUGCGAUAAGUUUCAGGACCUCGAGGAGGAACGACUUGACUUCACAAAGUCUUCCUUAUGGGCUUUUGCCAACAUUGCUUCCACAGUCUGCGUCUCUGAUGAUGCUUCUUGCGAGAAGAUUCGUCUGGCUCUGGAGAAUUGUGAGGUCGAGAAGGACAUUACCUUUUUCAUCAAGACCUGUGGAACAGGGCAAGAGAUUCCUGGCCCCCCCAAGUAUAUCAAUUUCUGUCGUGGCGAUGUCGACACAGCUUCGGAAGUUUCGGAGGAUGAAAAUUACUCGGUUGCUCAGUUCCCCCGUACCACCAAUCCAGCCUUCAGAUCUUCGUCUCCCACACAUUCGCACGCUGCGUCCAGGAGCACUCGAGACGGUACACCUCAGCGCAUGUCUGAAGAGCCCACGGGCCGCGAAGAGGACGAUAUGCCAGCACCAGCCAACCCCAACAGCGGUCGACCAGCUCCGCUGAAUUACAAACAACCUACUCCCAAUGUACCUCCCAAUUAUUCUCCUUCGCAGCAUGGUCAUGUCCCACAGGUCCCACAUAACCAAUAUCCUACUGAUGGAAUGACAAUGUUUUGUCGGACAGAUGUGCCUGGCUCCAUCAACGGGUCGACAUUAUCUUCCAACACUCGGCCGGAGAGUAGAGACAGUGCAAGUGAAUAUUCUGCUCCUAGCUCAUUCACAAGCGCGGAGCCAGCUUCUGGAGCUGCCUCUCCAACCAAGAUGGGCCCCAUCAACGGAGUCCCACUACCUGGCAUGACCUCGCCUGACAAGAGUGUGCUGAAGAAGAGAUCGGGCUUCUUCAAUAGUCCCUUCCGGAGGAAAUCACGCAAGGAACAUGAACAUCCCAGCACCAGCAGUCCUCCAAACCGCAAUGAUUGGAAUGUCUCUGCCUCAACCACUAGCCGGAUCAACCUCAACCCUACAGUAUCCAGCACACAAUCCAGUCCAACCAAAUCUCCGAUUCGAAACCCUUUCAACAGAAAUGCCGGUGUUGUCGCCCCAGAAGGAGAGGAAGCUGCGGAUCCUCGAGCUAGCUUCCAGCUAAACGUUGGCAACAACGUGUUCGAUGUAGCCAGUCCUGAUAGCCAUCAAUCAACACCCAAAGCAAGCGCACCGAACAAUCGUCGAAGCCAAUUUCUCCCACCUUCAUCAAUUGGUGAUGAUAUGCACGAUCCAAUUGCCCGGGCCCUUGCAGACCUCAAGAGCACCUCGGGAAGCACUGGCAUGUCCAAACAGGCUAGUACACGGGUUGCUGUCGAUCGCUACCAUGGAGUUGCGACUCCAGCUCCAGAUCAAGAGGUAGCUUCAAGACCAUCCCUAAUGAGUGCUGAAAGUCAGGCAAGAAUUGCAGCUCAACGAGGGACACCCCCUCCGGCCUAUGAUACUGCCAGUGGAAGAGCUCAAAGUGCUUUGGGAGUUCCUCAGCCUGCGCAUACUAAGAAAGAAAUGUUGAACCGUACACAGACUUGGGGAACAGACUCAAUGGCCUCGGCCCCCAGAGGAAGUCAGCAGUCAAGGCCGGGCACCCGUGAUGGACGAAGAAGCCCAGGCUCAGGGAUGAUGAGAGCUGCAAGCCCUCAGCCUCAACAAUACCAACAGCGGUCACGCAGUCCAGCUCCAGGAAUGGUACCCCGAGCGGCAAGUCCAUUACCUCAGCAACAAUACCGGUCCAGAAGUCCGGCACCUGGAAUGCAACGAGCAGCUAGUCCACAGCCUCAGACAUAUCAACAAAACCCAAACAUGCGGUCUCGUAGCCCUGCUCCCGGAAUGAUACACCAGAAUUCAGGUUCUCAUGGCCAAUCGGGCUCGCAAUACCGGGCAGCUUCCCCAAAUCCUUACACCAGACAGUCAAGAGGUCAGCCGAACCAAGCUUCACGACAGGGUAGCGGUAUGGAGAUGCAACUCAGCUCGCAAGAUGUAACAAGAUACGAUGGCCCAGGAAGUGGACGGAACCGACAGAGCAUGAGGCCUAACUCAAGCUUCGGCGGAGAUCGCUACCAGCAAGCUCAAGGUCAGGGGUACGAUGGAGGUAGAGACCCAAGGGGGAGAAGUAGUGGUGAGAUUGAGCUGCGACGGGAGAGGAGCAAGAGCCUGGCCAACAUCCCACUAAGGGGAGCCCCACAACAACAGCCACUUUUAUACUACGCUCGUGCUAUGUACUCUUAUUCAGCAGCGAUACCAGAAGAAUUGAGCUUCGGCAAAGGCGACAUUCUAGCCGUCAUGAGACUGCAGGAUGACGGCUGGUGGGAGGCUGAGGUGAAAGAGAGUGUUAAGGGGGUCAGAGGUGGAGGCGUUGGCUUAGUGCCAAGUAACUACCUCCAACGGUGUUGA